UGUGUUUCUUUAUUAUAUAGUCGCCCCUCCAAGGAAAGGAAAGACAACAGUAAAGUUAUGACACGAGGAAUCCAGUUGUUGUAGCACUUCAUAGAUGAGAUGCCCUCCUAUUUCCUCACCUACCGGGGAUACUAAACUGAAAUGUUAUUUUGUGAGAUGACGGCAUGACUGAUUCAAACGAUCUGAAAAUGACAACAACCAACAUUUUCUCAGCAAUACAGUUAAGGCGGCCACAGGCACGGAAUGGGUGGGACACAUUACAGAAAACAAUGAAUUUUGCGUAAUUCGAGAACUGCCACUAAAGCACUUACUGUUCGGGCGUAUUUUAAAUAAAGUUCUACAUUCAAACUAACAGGAAAUGUCAUCAACUUUAUCAUGGCGACUUACAGAAGAAAGUAGCUGUUACCUAUAUGAAUGCUUUAGUAGUCUGUGUAAAACAGAUUGUCUGGGUUUGCCAUGAGUGACGUUGUGGAAAAGACACUUAUUGCAUUCCCGAGCCUGCUGUCCUUGGAUUCGAAGGGUGGAGCAGGGUCGCUUUCUGUUACUUCCAGAUUAGGGAGUCUAAUCAGAAAUAUUACAUCUCUUACAUCGAAACAUGAAGAAGAAAAAUUAAUUCGGAGAGAGCUAGCUUCCCUGAAAGAACAAGUUGCAUCCCCUAAUACAACACUGAAACAGAUGAAAGAAUGCAUAGUGAGACUUGUUUAUUGUGAAAUGUUGGGCUAUGAAGCCUCAUUUGGAUAUAUUCAUGCUAUUAAACUAGCUCAGCAAGGAAGUCUUCUGGAAAAAAGAGUUGGUUACUUGGCAGUUUCUUUGUUUUUACAUGAAAACCAUGAAUUGCUGCUUCUGCUUGUCAACACAGUUCUGAAGGAUUUGCAGAGUACAAAUUUAGUAGAGGUCUGCAUAGCACUUACUGUUGUCAGUCAGGUCUUCCCACGAGACAUGAUCCCAGCUGUUCUUCCACUCAUUGAAGAUAAGCUGCAACAUUCUAAGGAAAUUAUAAGACGAAAAGCAGUACUUGCUUUGUACAAGUUCUAUCUUAUUGCACCAAAUCAAGUGCAACACAUACACGACAAGUUUCAGAAAGCACUGUGUGACAGAGAUGCUGGAGUCAUGGCUGCUUCUUUGCACAUCUACCAUCAGAUGAUAAAGCAAAACCCAUCUGGGUACAAGGAUUUAACCAGAAGCUUUGUGGACAUACUGAAGCAAGUAGUUGGAGGGAAACUUCCAUUAGAUUUCAGUUAUCAUAAUGUACCAGCACCGUGGUUACAGAUACAGCUGCUGAGAAUUCUAGGGUUGCUGGGAAAGGAUGACCAGAGGAUGAGUGAAGUAAUGUAUGAUGUCUUGGACGAAUCUUUGAGAAGGGCUGAAAUUAAUCACAACAUAACAUAUGCUAUUUUGUUUGAGUGUGUGCGGACAAUUUAUACCAUCUAUCCCAAGUCAGAUCUGCUUGAGAAAGCUGCUAUGUGUGUGGGUAAAUUUGUUUUGUCACCUAAAAUAACACUAAAAUAUUUAGGACUUAAGGCUCUUACUUCUGUAGUGCAGCAGGACCCCAAGCUUGCGCUCCAGCAUCAGAUGACAAUAAUUGAGUGUCUUGACCACCCUGAUCCCAUUAUAAAAAUGGAGACCUUGGAGCUUCUUUAUCGAAUUACAAAUGAGCAGAAUGUGAUGAUUAUAGUUCAGAAAAUGCUAGACUACCUCAAAAAGAGCAAAGACGAGUAUACCACAAUUAACAUUGUCGGCAAAGUGGCAGAACUGGCAGAAAAAUAUGCUCCCAACAACGAGUGGUUUGUUCAGACCAUGAAUGCUGUGUUUUCAGCUGGAGGAGACAUAAUACACAGUGAUAUCCCCAACAAUUUUCUAAGGCUGCUGGCUGAAGGAGUUGGAGAAGAAGAAGAAGACAGAAAAUUAAGACUGUAUGCAAUCCAGACUUUUCUAACACUCCUAGAGAAAGAGCACGUUUAUUAUCCACAAAGACUUUUACAAGUUAUGAGCUGGAUUCUAGGAGAAUAUUCUUACCUCAAGACAGAUGUACAAUUAGAAGAUGUUGUGGAAAAACUGAGCAAACUGCUUAAACAGAAUUCUGUGACCAGUGAGACUAAAGCUUGGAUUAUAGCUGCAAUAACUAAAUUAUCUGCAGCUAACAGUUGUUCUGAAACAAUUACUUCAGUAGUACAAGAGUACAGCACUUCCUUGAAUACUUGUCUUCGGCAACACGCCUUUGAACUGAAACAUCUGAAUGAGGAUAAGCUUGUAGUGUGUCAGGUGUUUCCAGGGGAUCGGAGCUGCAAUAUUGUGGUGGAUGCAUCUUUGUCAUUCUUGGAUGGCUUUGUUGCUGAUGCACUGGGACAGGGAGCUGCAGCUUACAAACCACGCCAUCAGAGACAAGAAGAGACACUGGCACAGGAGAAAGCUCUGAAUUUUGAACCAUAUGGACUACCAUUUCAUGUAAGCCCUCCUUCCUUGUCUGUUACUGGUCGACAGUCUCCAACAGGUCUUUCAGUCAGUUCGGAGCUUUCUGAUAACAGCACGGAAACAGGAAAGAAAGGAUCUGAUGGGCUAAAACUUGAAGGUGUAAAAAAAGUGUGGGGUAAAGAAGGAUAUCUUCCCCAAAAGGAAGCCAACAAAGAGACUUUGAUUCAAACCCUUCCUGUUUCUCAGGACAGCACAGUUGUGGGAUACACAUCUAAUGGUUCUCCAUUAAAGAAUGACCAUCUUGUUACGGAGGGAGAAAAGAAAAAGCAGCAGCUAGCAUCAUCAUUAUUUCUUGGACUAGGAUCUAGCAGCUCAAUCAACCUGAUGGGAACACCAGAUAAACCACAGAAAUUCAGAAGGAAAGCCAGAACAAAUGAAGCUCAGAAUAAUGGCAGAAAACUUGUCAGUAUUCAGAAUUCUACUCCGUCAUCUUUUAGCUUACCAUCAGAGCUUUUUAACAGUACAGACAUAGCAAUACCAACUCAGCAAAAUGAACCUGCACCUGUUUCUUCUGACAUCAUGGAGUCACCUCUGAUGGCUGACAAUACACUGUCUGAAAUGGAGGUGAAACUACAUGGAAAUCUUUCCGAUUCUAUGAAGGAGCCUUCCUCAUCAUUAACUUUGUUUGAACAUGAUAACAUGGAAAUUGUAGCAUGUUCGCUCCCUCUGCAUGAAUCUGUGUCUCAACCAGUGGAUCAGACUCCUUUUUUAGCAAUAGAACUGGCUGAAUAUGCACAUUCUAAAGUUGUAAGUCUUUGCACUAAUGAAGUUAUCACAGUGCACUUUUGUAAAGUUUGGAAACAUGACACUCUAGAAGUAUUUAUAUUUAUAACAAAUACAACAAUGUCGGCUGUUAGAACAUUUGAGAUGAAAAUAUCUCAUAGUGAAGAAUUACAGGUUACUGGGAACCUAAACUGUCAUUUUGAAAAAAUUGAACCCCACACUUCAUUAAGCUGCCAGUAUUGUGUACAGAUGAAAAGACCAUGCACCCAGGAGGUUUUAUCUGGUCAUAUAAUAUACCAUUUGGAUCACGAUUUAUCUACUGAGCUACAAUUUACAGUAAAUUUAGUAUUAUCAGAUUUCAUCAGGCCACUACAACUUUCAACUGAAGAAUUUGGUGAUCUGUGGCUCUCUCAUUCUAAUGAUGUGAAACAGAAUGUAAAACUACUGCUGGAUACCAAGAAUCUUCUAAGCAUAGCACUUGAAACACUGAAAGAAAAAUUAAGGCUACAUGUUGUUGCCAUCAUAGGUAAGGAAGGAAUAGUAGCCUGCCAGCUGCUUCCAUCAACCAUCUGUCUCAUACACUGCCGGGUUCAUGCUGGAAUGUUGACUUUGUGGUUGAGGUCAUCUUCAUCUGUUCUGCCUGACUGUUUGUUGUAUCAUUGUCAAAAAGUGAUGGAAGAGCUUCACUUAUGAGUUCUGUUUCUGAAGAGUGUGAUGUGUUACAUUGGGAAGUUAGAUGAUAAGGUGUCUGCAGUAGCCUUCCUUUGAAGCAUUUCCUAACAGUGAUGGCAGGCGAGUCUGUUAUUGGAAUGCCAGUGCCUCUUGAAAGACAAAGGCAAGGCUGAUCUGCGCUGUUGAUUGCUCUUACAGGACACAGUGUUACACAUUACAGUAACAUUUAUGCACUAUUUCUAACCAGUAUAUCAUUGCAUUUUUUGAAAAAGCAGAGCAUCUCACUUGUGCCUACUCAGGAAAUGCCACCAUUUUUUCACACAAGUUUUCUUUUAUGAUGCACUUUCUUGUAGUUUUUGAAUGUUUUUUUAUGUUGAAGUUUUUUUCUAAGCAUGGCUUGAAUGUCAAGCUUGGAAGUACAUGUUCCCAUUUUCUAGUCAUUGCACUGACUAAGGUGUUUAUAAAGCUCUGAGAUUUUAUAGUUUUAAAGUGUGGACCUGAUCAUUAUUUAAAGACAUGGAAAAUGCAGCAAAUUGCUUUUGAGGUGUUAACAAUGUAAUUUCACUUACUGUGGAAAAUAAUAAUGAAUAUUUGACUGUAACACUGCAGAAUCCUUCAAACAGAUCUAGGAAGCAGAAGCAGCUUUAUCAGUGAUGUGCCAUGUUCUAACAGUUGUUAGUUCAAUACAUUGCCCUGCUCCAGCUGCUUUUCAUAGCUCUGAAUACUUGCAUUCCCACUUAAGUAUCAACCUGUUUUUUGAAAAAGAAGACUGGUACAUAAUUUCCCUGGUAUUCCAUUUAAGUAAAUGUGUUGGUUUAUUUUUAAUUUGGUUUCCCAGAAAUAAGGCAUUGUUGCAGUGGAGUCCUUUUGCAAUGGCAGGAAACAUGCUGUGUGUCGAGAAGAGUGCAAGGAGGAUGGAGGAGAGCUCUAUUUGGCAUUGUAAAUUAUACCUGCAGAAUGUCAUUCUUCAUUUUUGAUGACUCAGAAGUAAGCUCUCUGGAGCAUUCACUUUCUUCAUGGCAACUUCUGAAUUAAAAGAGUAGCCAAAUUAAAGCAAGUUGAUGAAGA